AGCCAGGGUGCGCACGCUCCUCGACGCGUCAGUAUCGCUCACUCCACAUCACAAUAUACAACUGCAUAUUCAUAUUUUUCUCGCGGAAUUGCACGUGGAUUCACGCGUGCCUCUCGAGUAACGUUGAGCGAACGAACAUUAAAAAAUUGUUUUAUUCAAUGAACGUUUAAAACACUUCGUAAUUAAAAAUAGUGUGACAUAAAUAACAUGAUUUGUGACAGUUAACCAGUGUUUAACAUACGAAUUGGGCAGCAGCGACAUCGCAUAUACGUAAUGAUAGGAGAUAGUAGCUGUCGGCAUCGGACGAGUAGGUCGCAACAAUGGAGCAUAUUAGGUCGUGCUGGUUCCGACGCAUCCAAUUGAAAGGAAAAUUGCUGUAGCGCGUACCCGGCAUGCCACCUAAGCCUCGCACCGGCGUGUUAGGAGCCCUUCAAAGAGUGGCACGGCCACUUCUGUGACUAGUUCGAACUCUCGCACACGGCACGGGAGGCGGAUUAGGAGUGGGGCGCGGCGCGUGGCGGCGGCGCGUGCGCGGGCGGCGCCAUGACGCGGCGCCCGCCAGCAUGACGCUGCCGCCGCCCGCGCGCCCCGCGCAUCCCGCCGCGCAUCGCGCAAUGCGCUAUUACCGCAUCUGGAUCUACGCCUGCAACGGCGCGCUGCUGCUCGGGGCGUUAGCUUUCUGUGCGGCGGCGGGUCGCGCGCUCUCUGAUUACCGUCGGGCACUAGUACCUGGACUCGGUAUCGCUCAACCCGGCUUUCUCUACGGGUACGCAGCCCUUCCAGUUCAAGCGGGACUCUUGCAGCUUCUGGGUUGCCUUGCGGCUUUACGCCUCUCGGAACGUAUGCUCAACGCUUAUUGGCUAGCUCUACUGGCCUUGCUGGUAGGUGACGCAGCCAUCGGUGUAUAUUGGGCUUUUCGUUUCGAGCGUGUUUGUCGUGAGCUUCGACCGCAACUGCGACUUCGCCUCGCGAGAGAUUACGAUACAGACGUGGACUUUGCAGAAGCCUGGGAUCGGUUGCAAAGAGAGCAGCGUUGUUGCGGUGUUACGGGUCCUUCUGAUUUUGCGACCUUCAACAAGACCACGCUUCCGGCAAGUUGCUGCCGUAUUCCUGCACAUACCCCGGCCGUGACACCGACAUUACUAGCUGUUACCUCCGCAACUUCGCCAGGGCCGUUCACUCCCGUUCAUUGCGCCCCGCACACGGCAGCUUGUGCCGAGAGGCUGUUGGUUUGGCUCCGCAGAACGGCGGAUGCAUUGUUCGUUUUAGGAUAUUGUGUAAUUGCGUUCUUGAAACUGUGUUUCCUAGGCAUCCUUCGAUACGAAAUAAAAGAAAUGAUCCAAAAAAUUAGGAUAUUGAGAAGCGAACUUGGGGCGGGCGAACUUCUCGACGGUAGUCCGAUGCACGGUGGACCUUUAUCUCAGACAAUCAUUGUGAACGCAGUGAAUGUGAACGGUGGCGUCAGAGCACACGGGGGUAGCCCGGAGCGUGCGGGAGAACGUGACGCUCUUUUGGGAAGAGCUUCAGAAGCGUGCUCUCGGCGCAGUACGCACGAUGAGCCUUUAGGACCCAAAACAAUAAACGGUAAUAAUAAUUGUGAGAUGCGUGAAUUGGCCCGUGGAGAAUAUCGACCUCUCGCUGCGGACAGUGCGGCGACUCGAAUCUGACUAAGAUGUUACUUGGAGCGGUUGUUCGGGCGACGGUGGCGCUCGUUUCCUGCGGACGGAAGCGAGGUGGAGCUGCCACUAGGCCGCGGACCACCGGCAUGCGUGGCGCGCGCUGCCGGCGCUCGAGUUCGACUCGACCACCGUCGCCAAACCCGCUCCGAAUUCGAGCUUUAAGCUCAUCAAGACCAACUCGCUAUUAUAAAGGGUGCAGACGGCGGACCUAAUGAUAUUUAGUAUCAACGAUUACGCUGUCAACUGAAAAUUCUCAGAGAUUACAAAGUAUAAUCGGUAAAACUGGACUAAAAUGUAAUUUAGAUAGAUCUGUUUAAAGUCUAAAAUCGAUACAGUAAGAGUUAGAGAAGUUGCCUAAGAAUAAAUGUGUGAAAUGUGAGUUUGAAACGAUGUGAUUACGUGUAACAGACUACGAAGUCUACGAGCGAAGCUUGUGUUUAGUUCCUACAUUGUGCCGUAGUUUAUUUCUUUUGUGUUUCUUAUAUACCGUUUGAUCCACCACCAUGAUGUGUAAUUAAUUACAUUGAAAUGUUUUAAACAGAUAAGUAUUUUGUUUUAAACUUUCACGGCUAUCGAUAUUUAAAACAUUAUUAUUUAACGGGUUCCUUAUAUAAUAAACAAGUACUAAAAUUAAAAGUAAAAAAAUAAUGCGAUCUGACAGUGUUCUGAAAAAACUGUCGAUGUAAGUGUAGCGGUAACACCCACAAAACUAGAAUGAGGGUAGACAGACUUGUUGGCCCUAACACCCAAGCCACAAUCUUGAGUUUAUCCGUGGUAAGAACCCGUUAAAUAAUAGUGUAAAAUAAACGUAUUUCGUAGUAAAAAUAUUUACGUACGUUUUAAAUUUUCUUAAAGUGCUAAAAAUAACUGGUUGGAUAUGUUAAAAAUUCAAAAUCCGCGAAACAAUAAUUGUUUUAGCCUUCGUUAUGUUUAAGGGUAACAUGAAACAUCAUACGAAAGGGUAAAAAGUUUGAAAUUUCGUUCUCGGUUUGUUUUAUUCGCUCUGUUUAACAUUCACGUUUGAAUAAAACAUUUCGUUGAUGUUCACAACACAUAGUACAAGGUAUACUCGUAUAUCGUACUAUAGUAGAAUUAUUUUGUCCGUGCAGCUUGGGUCAUAAAACAUAGCCCGGCUAGGGCGGUGAGCAUAUUGCGCGGGCGCAACGCCAUUA